UAUUUAGACACUCUGGAAUCAAUGCUUUUACUUCAGAACAACAUGUGACUUCUUUCACAUCCGGCCGUCGUUACUUUAGUAGGAAGUGAAAAUGUGUGCUGUGUAAAAGGCGUGUUGUCAGACAGCAGCUUGUGUGCAGCAGGGGCUGAUGGGAGGUGUGAGCAGCCGUCACAAACACGUCGUCUCAUCUCACAGCUCGUCCUUGUUUGGCCUCAGCUUCUCCGCAGGUUCACCAGGAGACACCGCGGCACAAAAUGCUUUUCCUCCCAGCUGCUGCUCUGUGCUGUCUGUGUUCAGCGCUGGUUGCCAUGGCAGCAGAUCUGAUUCAGGAUGAUUUAACAUUGACCAGGAGAGUUGGUGGAGAAGUUUCAUUCAGCUGUCGAGACACUGAGCUGUGUGAUGAUCCUUAUGUAGACUGGCUCCAGAAGAGUGACACAGAAACAUUCACAGUGAUUCUGAGUAUUCAUAAGUCUACUGGUAAAGUUAACUCAGGUUACAAUCAUCCUUGGAAAGAUGAUUUCUCAGCUGUGAAGAAACAGAACGUCUUUGAGUUGAAGAUCCAGAAAGUUAAACUCACUCAUUCAGCCACCUACUACUGCUGCUGUAGGAAGUAUGGAUACUGGAUCUUUGGCUCUGGAACUAAACUGUAUGUAACAGAUGAGCAGGUAGUGAAGCCCGUGGUGAGCGUGUACCCAGCAGCAUCCAGAGCCCACCUGGAGGGGAAGAGCUCCCUGCUGUGUCUGGCCUCAGCCAUGUUCCCUCCUCUGGUCCAGUUCUCCUGGAGAAGACGAAAGGAGGACGGUCCUCUGGAGGAACUGCCCCCUGCUGAGGGAGAGCAGCUGGAGCUCAGAGAGUCGGGACGCACCGCCGGCAUCCUGCUGAUCCACCAGCAAGAGAACAGCGCAUAUAAAUACCGCUGCUACGUCCGGCACGAGGGGGGCACAGUGGAGGCCCAAGCAGAACAAGGUGAUGAAGGCUUGGUGACUGUGUUCAGC